AUGCAAUGUAUACAAAAUGAAUACGUUUCUAGAAGUGAGUUAAUAAAUACAUUAAGUGAAUAUUCUAAAACGACGAAUCAACGAAAUAAUGUAAAUAUUAAACGAGGAGGUGGAACAAAUUUCUGUGAUAGUGGACCGAUGGAAAUUUCAGCAUAUUGCGAGUUUAAUGAUUAUCCGUCUCUUUCCCGCAACCGAUCGCCCGCGAAGCAAUUAAGCGACACGACGAGGAUGCAGCCGUUGCAGGAUACAUCAGCUGCGCCGCCGACGGUGGCGCCUCCCGCGACGUCGCACGAUCAACGAGCUAUUGAGAGUGCGAGGGAGAUAAAAAUCGAUCGCGCUGUGCGUUGCAGUGAAAAUAUAGAAGAGCAACCGGUUAUAGUGGCGACAAAAGAAACAGCUGAGCGCCCGCAUAAUCAGCCGUAUGAUAAAAAUACUGUAACAAAAGAUUAUAAUGAAGAUAGUAAGGCGACUUACUCUGAGGUAGCUCGUAAGGGUGGUAAAUGGAUAGAGCCUAAAAUGAGCGAAGAGUGGGUAUUAUAUCAAAAACGGAGACUUAGAAACCGUCUCAUAAGCCAAAAGGGAUGUGCCAAUGCGUCAGAAGAAAAUAACCAAAAAUUCAAAGCGGCAGAUAUAAAGGUGCCGCUAUUUAUAUCUAAUGUGGACAGAGAGGUCUCAGAGCAAGAUAUUAUUAAUUAUGUAUAUGGAAAAACAAAGGAAAAAGUUUCAUUAGAGAGAAUUAACAUGAAAAGGCAGAAGGAUUAUAAUGCCUAUAAAGUUUAUGUAACAAAGCAUAAAAUGGAUACUUUCUUAGACGAUAAACUGUGGCCCAUUGGCAUAACCUUUAGGCGUUUCGUGAAUUUUCACGAAAAACGGAAAAAUAUGGAAGUUGUAAAAACAGUAGAAAAUAAGAGA